AAUAUCCAUCUACCUCACCAGAAGGUGUUGCAACAAUAUUUCAUGUUGCAGACUGGGCUGAUCCAAACCACGCAUGGAAAAAUUCUCCAUAUUUUGGAAACGUUCAAGUAAAUAAAGAAGAGCGUGAUUGUUUGGGAAUUAAAGUUUGUCAAUUUACUGAUCCUUCGCUUACAAGUAUUGAACACAAUGAGGUCGAUAUUGAAUCAUCAUUGUGGAAAAGAAUUACUAAAAAUCAAAACGUCGAUUUUAAAAAAACUCACACUUACAUUACAUAUUUGGCUGCUAAAGAUGCUCCUUGUAAAUUCAAAUACAAUAAUGGAAGUUUUAUUGGCUGUUCAAUGUAUCGUAUUGGAGAUCAAUGGCAUCGUUAUACUAAAGUCGAUAGUGAAAAAGUUGAUAUUGUACUUCUUCGUGAUUUAUUUCUUGGAAAAGAAGAG